AUGAGGACCUCCAUCCAUGGCUGCUCUCUUCGUCAGCCAAGCAUGCGCGCCGGCCGACGGCAGCCCUCCUCCGUCUCCGCGAGCGCCACUCGUCUCCCUCGGCAGAUCAUAUCGGCUGCAAAGGAGCUUCACCAACAGCUUGCUUUGAGAAUUGGGGAUGCAUCAUCAAACGCUCUCAAUUAUGCGUCGCAAAGGUUGCUGGAUGCAUUUGUGGGCAUCGUCUUCACACUAAAUCACCAACCUUUACGUCCCACCGAGGGUAAUUUUGCACCCGUCGAAGAGAUCGGCGACAUGCGAGAGAUAUUUGAUAUCGCAGGAGAGAUUCCAGCAGAUUUUCCAGAGGGUGUUUAUAUAAGAAAUGGUUCAAACCCUCUCUUUGGAGCCCUCCACUCGUCAAGCUCUAUCUUUGGCAAGUCCCACGACAUUUGGGUCGAAGGAGAAGGCAUGCUCCACGCCGUGUACUUCACCAAGAGCAACAACAACACAUGGUCAAUCAAGUACACCAACCGCUACGUGCAGUCCGAUACAUUUAGGGUUGAGAAAGGACUGAAGAAACCAUGCUUCCUCCCUGCCACUGACGGUGACCCUCUUGCGAUGCUCAUAGCGGGUACCCUUAAUACUCUGAGGUUCGGAAAGGCUUUCAAGAACAUGAGCAACACCAGCGUGUUUGAGCAUGCUGGGAGAGUCUUCUCAGCAGCAGAAAAUGAUAACCCCCAUGAGAUUGACUUGUAUAGUCUUGGCACACUGGGUAGCUGGAAUGUUGAUGGAGGAUGGAAGAUGCCAUUCACUGCCCACCCCAAGGUAAUCCCUGGAACAGGAGAGUUGGUUAUCUUCGGGUUCAACGUGGAUGCGCCUUUUCUAACGGUUGGAGUUGUCUCAGCCGACGGGAAGAAACUACAGCAAAAGGUUGCUCUCGAGUUAGAUAGAUGCACAUAUUGUCACGAAAUAGGAGUCACUACAAUCUGUGAAUGUAGGUACAACAUUAUCUUAGAUGCUCCACUUACAAUCAACAAGGAAAGGAUGCUAAAAGGUGCUCCGUUGAUUGAAUUUGAAAAGGAUAGCUAUGCAAGAAUAGGUGUUAUGCCCCGUUAUGGUGAUGCAAACUCGAUAACAUGGUUUUAUGUACAAUCAUUCUGCACGAUCCAUCUUGUCAACUGCUUUGAAGAAGAUGAUGAGGUCAUUGUGAGAGGAUUUCAUGUGCCAGGUUCUAUCAUUUUGGGGCCAAGGAUAAACUCCAAUCAAGGACUAACCGAGGAAUGUUUUUCUCGCUUGUAUGAGUGGAGACUAAACUUGAAAACAAGGACAGCUAUAGGCAAAUACUUAACUGGAAAAGAGGUUGCCCUGGAAUUCCCAGUAAUCAAUGACAAGUAUGUUGGCUUGCCUCACAAGUAUGCAUAUGCACAAGUGGCAGAUUCUCCGGCAAAUUUGGCAGGUGGUCCAGGAAUAGUACGACCAAAAUUCGGAGGUUUUUCAAAAAUUUGUCUUGAUGAGAAAGAGGACGCAACCACCAAGAACAAAGGCAGAGAAGACCUCAUAAAAGUGAAGUAUCAUCACCUUGACAGAAAUCAAUUCUGCUCUGGAGCAACUUUUGUGCCAAAGGUCAAUGGUACAAACGAAGACGAUGGCUGGAUAGUUUCGUUUGUGCAUGAUGAGGGGACAAAUAAAUCUAAAGUGCACAUCAUCAACGCACAAACAUUUGAGUAUGAGCCUAUUGCCAAGAUAACACUGCCGCAAAGAGUGCCAUAUGGUUUUCAUGGAGCAUUUAUAUCAAAAAGUACAUGA